CAAGAAGAAGAAAAGUUCUUAACUUGGUUUUGUUCCAAUGGAUAUGGUGGUGAAGAGACCUCUUGAGGCUGUUGUUGAUGAAGGUGGUUCAAAGCUUCCAAAGUUUGAGAAUGGAGAUCAAACUGUAAAGUCAUCUGGUUCUCCAAAACAUAGAGAAGCUAACAAGGUAUGUACUGCAGUUUCUAGUGAAGAAUCAACCAUGGAUACAUCUUCAAGACCUUCUUCAAACCCUAAGGACUCAACAAUAACCACUCAGGAGGAUCAACUUGAUUCGACAAAGGUGGAAAUGGGGGAAGUACGGGAAGAGAACGAGAGAUUGAAGAUGAUCUUAACGCGUAUCGUCAAGGAUUAUCAAUCUCUUCAAAUGCAUUUCUUCGACAUUGUUCAGCAAGAACAAGCAAAGAAAGCAACUGAAACACCGGUAUCUAUCACUCCUGAGGUAGAAGAUACCGAGCUCGUUUCGCUUAGCCUCGGCACGAGCUCAACAGGGCAUAAGAAGGAAGAGAUGAAACCAAGUUCAAGCAAAAACAAAGAAAAUGAUCAUAAUCAAGUUGAGCAAGUCCUAACUCUUGGUUUGCAAUGCAAAUUUGAAGGAUCUAGCAAUGGUCCUCUUAGUAAUGAUCAAGUACCUUUGUCGAAUUUGAACCCUGAUGAGCAUAACAUUGAGGAACAUAAGAAAGAAGAAGAAGAAGAAGAAGAAGAAGCUGGAGAACCAUGGCCUCCAAGCAAGAUAUUGAAGAACAACAAUAGGAAUGGAGAUGAUGAGGUUUCUCCACAAACUCAUACCAAGAAAGCUAGGGUUUCUGUUAGGGCAAGAUGCGACGCGCCCACGAUGAAUGAUGGUUGUCAAUGGAGGAAAUAUGGUCAAAAGAUUGCGAAAGGUAAUCCAUGCCCAAGAGCUUAUUAUCGGUGCACCGUCGCACCUGCCUGCCCUGUAAGAAAACAAGUGCAGAGAUGUGCAGAAGACAUGUCGAUAUUAAUAACGACAUACGAAGGAACACACAACCACCCACUUCCGAUCUCAGCCACUGCCAUGGCUUCAACUACGUCGGCAGCUGCCUCGAUGUUGGUCUCCGGCUCAUCAACCUCCCGAUCGUCAUCGAUUGGAACUCCGGUGAUCACCACCACCACUCCUACCACUUUAAACUCCACCAAUUCCCACCUGAAUUCUCCCCUAAACUUCACACUCUCAGACAACUCAAGGCCAAACCAUUUUUACUUACCAAACCCUUCAAUUAGCUCCACCCCUUCCUAUCCAACAAUCACACUAGACCUUACUGCACCUCCACAAACAUCAUCCACAUCCCAUGCACAACAAUUCAACAGGUUCUCCUCCUCAAGAUACUCCUCAACAAGCUUCAACUUCUCAUCCUCAGAGUCAUCCAACCCCAUUACAUCAACUUGGAACUCUAGUUACCUUAACUACGGAUCUCAACCACACACCAUUAGCAACCUUGUAAGACAACCUCAAGACUCUUUCUUCCAACCCUACUUGCAAAAGCCAACCACCACCCAUUCAUUUUCAACUGCAACACAGCCGAUGACAACAGCGAUGAUAACCGACACUAUAGCAAAGGCGAUAACCGCCGACCCCAGCUUUCAGUCCGCAUUGGCAGCUGCUAUAACAUCUUAUGUUGGAGGUCAGGGAAGUGGACAAAGUGGUGGUGGUGGUGGUGGUGGAGAUGGUGUGAAGUUAGUGGAGAACUUCUCAUCUGUGACACCAGGCAGUACUGCUACUACUAGUACUACAACAACUAGGAAUGGUUGUGCUUCUAGUUUCUUAACAAGGUCUAGUUCUUCCAGUUUGAACCCACAGCAAGGGAACAUGAUGUUUCUUCAACCUCCAUUGGCAUUAUCAAGCUCCAAGAGUGCUUCUGCUUCUCCAGUUGAUAACAGAGAGAACAGUAAUUGAAGUUGUAUGGUGGCGCUUAAUUGAUCUUUUGUAAUAUUCUAAAUUUUGUUUUAGGAGAUCUUGAUCAUGGGUAAUAUCCAAGGAUUACCUGAAUAAAUCAAGAGGGUAAUUAAUAAUUAGUCUGUUUGGUGUUGGUUCCUAGUCUUCUGUGUAUAAAAUUACAAGGCCAUGAA